AUGGACUACCAGCUCCGCAGAGAAAUCACCCUCCUCCGCAAUAACUGCGAUAAGCUACUUGACCGGGGCCAUAGCUUAGAGCUACGCCGUAAGCAGAUAAAGAAGGUCAAGGAGCUUUACAUAGGAAAACACCAAGCGAAAGAGCUAUAUGUUUUUCUAGCCCGAGCUGAGUUUCGGCUUCUCGAGGAAACCACUCACAUGAUUGACGAGAUUAAAGACACCAUGGCGAGGCUAGAUAUCCUCUGGUCUGAAUUAAUGCUCACAUGGCCCGGAGCUGAGGAUGAUGAAAGAAGGCUGGAAGUUGAAAAACAGGCUUUUGGUGGGAAGAUAUGGAGUGACUAUAGGGACUUUGUCAACGAGCUCUACUCCGAAUCCAUCUCUGGCUAUGACUGGUUGGACUUUGAGGAGUGA